AUGGGAAAUUGUAUAAGAAAAGAAUCAUCCAUGCAGUUUGGAGGCGAAGACUGGGGCUUACCAGAAACUAACGAAGAUUUCUAUUGUCAUAAGAGCAUGAAAUUGGAGGAUGAUCAUCUUCUAAUGGGAGAAAAUAAGGAAAGCAUUCAUACUUCAACGCCGGGAUCAGCAAAAGAGAUAAAGAUAAAGAUCACGAAGAAGCAAUUAUCGGAGUUGAUGGGUAAGGCAGAGGUACAAGGCAUAUCCCUCCAUCAAUUGUUGACGCAGUUGAUGAAGGUUAGUGAAAGUCUUGAGUUGUGCCAUCGCUCAUGGAGCCCUGCCUUACACAGUAUACCUGAGGACAAUUAA